GGAAGUUGGAGUGGAUGAAGAUUUGGGUGGUUGCUCCUCAGGCACUCCAGUCGAUGUCAAGUUGACUGGCUUAAUCCAAUCACGGAAGUGGCUGGUAGGUUUUGGUCCAUCUAAUAAGAUUGUUGUGUGGGAUCAGGGAGAUGAGGUUUGGGAUGGGGAUUAUGGCGAUUUCUCUUACCCUUUGGAUGCUUUUUCCCCCGACCCACUUGAUUGGGUGUUGGAUUGUGAUGAAGAUGAGGAUCCAACCUUGGCGCUACUAGAUGUUGUUAAAGAGGAUUUUCUUCGGGAAGAAAGGUUGGGCGGCAUAAGACUAAAGGCAAGAGGGAGUUGUUAA